GGUGACAGAUCAAACGAACGAAAUAAAAUAGAUUUGUGUAUUUUAUUGUUGGUUUCUGGACAAUUGUGUAAAUGAUAAGAACUCAGAAAAAAACAUUCACUUAAAAAAAGAAAUGGAAUUAACGAACUUCUGGAAAUGCAUUUCGAUUCUUUUAAAAAACUAUCAUGCCGUUAAUAAGAAAAUAUUUGCGUGCAAAACAAAGACAACACACAAAAUAUUUAAUGGUAUUACCACCUUAAACGUUACCGAUUCAAGAGAAGUUUACGAGAAGGCAGUUGAAGACAUCGUCAAUGGUUCUUCAGAAUUGCAGGUGGGUCAGUCAACGGAAAAGGAUAUUCUAGACACACUAGCGUCAUGUGAUAAGAGCAAUUGCCAGGGAUAUGUUGUUACUCUCAAGUUUCUCACCAAAAACGAUGAAGAUAGUAUCAAAGCAGUAGGAGUAAUAGAUUUCUUGAACACCCAAUACACAUGUACCUUUCAAUCAGCUUUAAUUGAUGAUUUUCGAGUUUGUCUUAUAUCUGGAGAAUUUGUGGUCAGCGCAUUGACAAAUCGACGUCUGGAAGCGGAGGCAAAUCGUUGGGUAGAUUUUGUGCUUAAACCAAAGCUUUUAAAAUGGUCAAAUUCAGAAGAGAGGAAAGAGAAUGCUUUUGAUUCUCUGCACCUUGUCGAUGUGGAGAAAUACAAUAAGCUGUAUAAACAAUUGAAGACAAAGUACUCUAAGGAUCUCAUAGACAUAUGGGAGGAAUCUACAGAUCCUCUUAAAUUUGUCUAUGAAGACCUAGCCAUAGCCGCUUAUCUAAUUUGUGUGUGGAAAGAGCAUGAAUGCGAGCCACAAGCAUUUGCGGAUCUUGGCUGUGGAAAUGGACUUCUUGUCUACAUACUCAACCGAGAAGGCUAUGAAGGUUGUGGCUACGAUGUGAGAAGUCGCAAAAUAUGGAGUCUCUUUCCGAAAACUACGCUUCUCUAUGAAGAAACGAUCUGUCCGGAUAACUUCAAACUGAAGCCAAAUACCGAUUGGAUAAUUGGUAACCACUCUGAUGAGUUAUCACCUUGGAUUCCAGUUCUAACGGCUUUAUCCGCACACAAAGUCAAAUUUUUCCUACUUCCUUGCUGUCCUUUUGAAUUCUCUGGAAUGAAAUUUCAACGCAGAAAUUCAAAACUUAGUGCCUACAAUGAUUUUCUCAACUAUGUAGAAGCUAUUUCAAAAGAAUGUGGCUUUAAACCAUUAAGAGAUCGGUUGAAAAUUCCAAGUACCAAAAGAAUUGCUAUAAUUGGAAUAAACAGAACUUAUUUAGAACCAAACCACCAACAAAUGUGUUCAAGUAUUCUCGAAUUUGUGUCUACGGAAAUGCAAGAACAUACAAUGAAGCUUCGAGAGCGAGAGGAAAUUGUCAGAAAUUGCACACAAAUCGAGAGCUCCGUGUUGGAUGGGCUAGUGAAGAAGAUAUUCUAUUAUCUUCUCGACUCAGCGGAAACAGAAAAACAAACAACUUGGAGAGAAGGUUGCGGGCGAUCUAUCAAAGAAAUAGCUCAAUAUCUUAGCCGAGAGGAUUUGAAGAGUAUCAAAUCAGAAUGCGGAGGCCUUAAGACCUUGUUUAAGAAUAAACAUGAAGUUUUUGAAUUUACCAAAGGUGAUGUUAUUAAAAUACGAAAACCAAAACCACGAAAAGCUUUGAUGACGAAUGGGAAACAACUGACAAUAAAGAAACGAGUGUGUUUCUUUGCAAAAAACCAUCCUAAUGGAUGUCCCCUUUCGGGGUCUGAUUGUACAUUUGUUCAUGAUUAAUAAAUGCGCCCUUGUUUUUUAUUUUUGUUUUAGAAAAUUUUACAUUUUAUUUUCAUGAAUUAAAGUCAACACUAUUUAUGGAAUAUAAAUAAAAGCAACUUAAGGAAUUUAUGCCAA